AUGUCUAUGGAGGUAGGAACCAUGUACCAAAAUUCGCAGGCAGGAGAGCCGGCUUCCAGCCAAAGAAAUAGUGGUCAGUUUCAGGGCUCUGAAGCACCAGCUGAAAACCGAAUGUUCGUGUCCGAUUCGCUUGCAAGCGGCAAUGAAAACGAGAACGGAAAUGAGCACGGAAUGGAGGGCGAAGAAGAAGAAGAAGUCGCUUUGGUAUCGUUUGUGCCGCUGGACCGACUCCAGGUAAACGGCAUCACAGCUUUGGAUCUCAAAAAACUGCGGGAGUUUGGAUUACACACAGCAGAAGCCGUGGCAUAUGCGCCCCGGAAACAACUUUUGGAGAUUAAGGGCAUAUCCGAGGCCAAAGCGGAACGGUUGUUGAAUGAAGCAGCCCGUUUGGUGCCUAUGGGGUUCGUGACCGCCGCAGACUUCCAUAUGCGUCGUUCUGAAAUGAUUUGUCUCACCACGGGUUCCAAAAACUUUGACACCCUUUUGGGCGGUGGCGUAGAAACCGGAUCCAUCACCGAACUUUUCGGAGAGUUUAGGACCGGUAAAUCGCAACUGUGUCAUACGCUUGCCGUCACAUGCCAGAUCCCGCUCGACAUGGGCGGUGGAGAGGGCAAAUGUCUAUACAUCGAUACCGAGGGAACGUUUAGGCCCAUCAGGCUAGUUUCGAUCGCCCAGCGGUUUGGUUUAGACCCCGAUGACGCUCUCAACAACGUGGCAUACGCCAGGGCUUACAAUGCGGACCAUCAGCUGCGGCUGUUGGACGCUGCCGCUCAGAUGAUGAGCGAAUCGCGAUUCUCGCUGAUUAUUGUGGAUUCUAUUAUGGCGCUUUACAGAACUGAUUUUGCCGGUCGUGGUGAACUCAGCGCUCGUCAGAUGCAUCUGGCCAAGUUCAUGCGUGCUUUGCAACGGCUGGCGGACCAAUUUGGCGUUGCAGUAGUGGUAACCAACCAGGUGGUCGCCCAAGUGGACGGAGCCAUGUCAUUCAACCCAGAUCCCAAGAAGCCCAUAGGAGGAAACAUCAUGGCACAUUCUUCUACCACCCGUCUCGGUUUCAAAAAGGGUCGUGGAUGUCAAAGAAUUUGCAAAGUUGUAGACUCUCCAUGCUUGCCCGAAGCUGAAUGUGUUUUCGCUAUUUACGAAGACGGUGUGGGUGACCCCAGAGAGGAAGACGAGUGA